UCCUGGCUGGAGCUGCGAGGUGGAGGCUUAGAGUUUUGGAGCUGGAAGAUGGUGGGCUCUGGGAGGAAAACUUAGAAGGAGUCAGGUUUCAGCCGGGCUUGGAGGCUUGCAAUGACUCACAGGGAGCCAGCCUGAGAGAGAGAGAGAGAGAGAGAGAGAGAGAGACAGAGAGCUGCCUUUGUUCCACUUGGGCUCCAAGCUCCAGCCUCUGCCAGCAGCUGGGCUGUCCUCUCCCUGCAGGCUGCCUUCUCCAAAAUGCCCCCCAGCCAUUCCCGGCGGCCCUGGAACUUGCUCUUGCUGCUUUGGGGUUCGUGGCUCCCGGCGGUGCUCCCAGCUCAGGUCAUCGAAGAACGAGGAUCAAAGGGGCACUUGGACCUCACAGAACUAAUAGGCGUCCCCCUUCCCCCUUCCGUCUCUUUUAUCACCGGCUAUGGAGGGUUUCCGGCAUACAGUUUUGGACCGGAUGCUAACAUUGGCCGUCUGACGAGGACUCUGAUACCUCAGCGGUUCUUCCGAGAUUUUGCUGUCACUGUCACAGCCAAGCCAAACAGUGACCAUGGAGGGGUGUUGUUUGCCAUCACGGAUGCCUUUCAGAAGAAGAUUUAUUUGGGAGUCAGGCUGUCAGCGGUAGACGAUGGCACCCAGAGGAUAAUUAUGUAUUACACCGAGCCCAGGUCUCACAUAUCCCGAGAGGCAGCUUCCUUCAAAGUCCCAGUGAUGACCAACAAAUGGAACCGUUUUACAUUGACCGUGCAGGAAAACGACAUUGUAUUGUUCAUGGAUUGUGAAGAAUAUCACAGGAUCCAGUUUCAGCGAUCUGCUCAGGCUCUGUUCUUUGAGCCCAGUUCAGGAAUAUUUGUUGGGAAUGCAGGAGCCACAGGAUUAGAAAAAUUCACUGGCUCCAUCCAGCAGCUCAUCAUCAAACCAGACCCAAAGGCUGCCGAAGAUCAAUGUGAGGAUGACGAUCCCUACGCUUCGGGAGAGGGCAGUGGCCAUGAUGACGUUCAGGAACAGGAAGGAAUCCCUGAGACACAGGAAGUCAUUCGGCCCACACACAUCCCACAACUGGUUGGGAAUCUGUCUGAAGAGGCGACGUCCGGACCAGUGGGAGCUCCACCAACUCUGUCCAGUCAUGCUGAAGAUGUGGAUUUUUCAGGACAUCAUCUCCUAGAAGAAUCCGUGGUCCCCACUGCAGUCACAGAGCAAGGUGUAACCGUUACAGUACCUGUAAAUCAAACACUCCCCCCCACAACUCAACGGGAGAGCGAAAUCACAACAAUAGCCCAGGAAAUGCUAACAACGGAAGCUGGGCCUCACACUGGAGUUCCGCAAGAAGCACAUUUUGAAAAGGGUCAAAAAGGUGAGAAAGGUCAAAAGGGAGAGAAAGGACCACCAGGGCCUCCGGGAACGGCAGGACCGGAAGAAGCCCAGCCUGGGACUCGGGGAACCCCUGGAAAGACCGGCCUGGAUGGGAAACCAGGAAUUCCCGGGAAAAAUGGGUUAAGGGGUGAACCAGGCGGCCAUGGUGCACCAGGGCAGAAAGGAGAGCCAGGCCCUAAAGGCGAAAAGGGAGAUGCUGGGGUUGGGUUGCCAGGACUUCCCGGACUUCCAGGGCUGCCUGGACCAUCGGCUCCAACCAGGGGGUUUAAAAGGAUCGAUAUGGAAGAAUCUGGCUCUGGAUCUGGUGAUUUUGACAAAGACAUUGAACUUCCAAGAGGUUCUCCUGGGCCCCCCGGCCCUCCAGGCUCACCUGGGGAGCCCGGACUGCCAGGUCCAGAUUCGAAUGCAGGAGUUCCUGGACUGCCUGGAAGAAAUGGGAAAGAUGGUGACCCGGGGCAACCAGGCCCUCAAGGUCCUCCCGGUCGCCCUGGUAACAAUGGACUGGUCAGCUACGCGGGACCGAAGGGAGAGAAAGGCGACCAAGGUUCUGCAGGGCCACCUGGACCAAAGGGAGACCCUGGUGAUAUUGGACCACCAGGCGAGAAAGGGCAGGCGGGAGCUGAUGGGGCUCCUGGGAUACCAGGACUCCCCGGGCCCCCAGGACCCCCAGGACCAGGUUAUGCGUUUGGAUUUGAGGAUAUGGAAGGCUCCGGGAUCAUCGGUUUGUCAAGCGGACCUGGCAUCCUGGGAUCCAGCGGGCCAGAUGGUCCCACUGGAGGGCCUGGCGUGCGAGGACCAAGGGGGCCGAAGGGUGCGAGUGGUGACGUUGGACUACCAGGUCUCCAGGGUUUAAAGGGAGAACAAGGUCUAGAAGGAAAGCCGGGGUUUCCUGGUGUCGCCGGGCGUCCUGGAGAUGCAGGAGCUAAAGGAGAAAAAGGUGGCCCAGGGCCCAAGGGUGAGCCAGGAGAACCAGGGGCGAGUGUUAUUGGACUACCAGGACCACCUGGGCCACCUGGCCCCAUUAUAGCCAUUCCAAGAACACUCAAUACUUCAGAUGGAAGUUUUAACCUCACUGGACUUCAAGGACUUGGCCCUCCAGGUCCAGACGGUAAGCCCGGCCUGCCAGGAUUUCCUGGCCCGAAGGGACCAAAAGGUGACUUUGGACUACCUGGGCUACCAGGAGAGAAAGGAAAGCAGGGUGAAAAGGGCGAGCCGGGAGCCAUCUUUGCCUCGACGGACUCACUCACGGAACUGAUCCGGAGGCCAGGAGAGAAGGGUGCGCCUGGAGACACGGGACCACCCGGGCCAGUGGGACCAAUGGGGCCUCCAGGACAUAAAGGAGAACUCGGUUUUCCCGGCCGGCCUGGACGCCCCGGCUUGAAUGGACUGAAAGGCAUAAAAGGUGAACGGGGCGUGACGUUAUACGGCCACCCUGGCGUGCCUGGCCCACCUGGCCCUCCUGGACCUCCUGGUCGCGUGGUUUACAUUAAAGGAACAGUUUUCCCAAUUUCUCCCAGGCCUCAGUGCAAGACGCCAGUAAGUCAUCCACAGUGCAUGCGUUUAAUAUUAUUGAUUGCUCAAUGUUCCUGGGGCAUACGUGGUCCAUUAGGCGUAAAAGGUGAAAAAGGAAACCGUGGGCUACCCGGACCACCAGGUCCUCCUCUACCAUCAACAUAUUUCAGCCACUUCAAGGGUGAUAAGGGAAACAGUGGAGAAAAUGGCCUGAAAGGAGAAAAAGGAGAACCAAACGGAGAAUUUUUUAUGUCAGGACCUCCAGGGCUCCCUGGAAUUCCAGGAUCUGUGGGGCCGAAAGGAGAUACAGUUGUUGGCCCAAGAGGCCCUCCAGGUGUACCUGGCCUACCUGGGCCUCCAGGAUUUGGGCCAGUUGGACCUCCAGGACCACCUGGACCUCCUGGCCCCCCAGGCCCCCCCGCAAUCUAUGGUUCAGGUGCUACCCAAGGACCACCAGGCCCUCCGGGAGAACCGGGAUUACCAGGGAGCAGGAACUUGGUAACGACGCUUACAAAUGUCGACAGCAUGCUGCAAAAAGUUCACUUGGUGUCAGAAGGCACCUUGAUCUACCUGAGCGAAACCAGAGAGGUUUUCAUCCGUGUUCGAGACGGAUGGAAAAAACUGCAGCUUGGUGAAUUGAUUCCCAUCCCUGCUGACAGCCCCCCUCCUCCAGCACUUUCCAGUCCAGAAUUUCAACUCCUUCCAGCACCGUUUCCAGCGUCAAGUCCUGACAGCGGAAGACCAAGCCUUCAUCUCACGGCUCUGAACACCCCGUUUCCUGGCGACAUGCGAGCUGACUAUCAGUGCUUUCAGCAAGCCCGGGCUGCCGGUUUAUUCUCAACUUAUAGAGCCUUCCUGUCUUCCCAUCUGCAAGACCUCUUGACAGUUGUCAGGAAAACGGACAGACAUCAUCUGCCCAUCGUUAAUCUGAAGGGAGAAGUGCUGUUUAAUAACUGGGAGUCAAUAUUCUCAGGCAACGGGGGACAGUUUGACACCCGGAUCCCCAUAUACUCCUUUGAUGGGAGGAACGUCAUGACAGAUCCUGCCUGGCCUCAGAAGGUGGUUUGGCACGGCUCCAGUCCCAACGGGAUACGACUGAUCAGCAGCUACUGCGAAGCCUGGCGGGCAGCAGAUCUGGCAGUCAUGGGGCAGGCUGCGCCCCUCAGGUCUGGGAAGCUCUUGGAUCAAAAAGCCUACAGCUGCAGCAACCGGUUUAUUGUCCUGUGCAUUGAAAACAGUUAUAUCUCUGACAUCCAAAGGAAAUAAGAGCCCUCCCGACUCUGCCCCCCACUCCAGCCACCGCAUGUAAAUUAAAAUUUUAUUACAAAAAAAAAAAAAGAUUGACACUGAAAUGUAAUUAAAAAAAAUGAUGUAAAUAUUGUAUUGUAAUUGUACACUUAACCAAGAAGGUAAUAACCAAAGAACGCAUACCUCAGUGCAGAAUUGUAUUCCCAGAAGGUGACAUUCAUUCUUUCAAAAGCCAUUUUUGACCCUGUGCGGAAGCUACACGGGCAGUCAGCGGGGCUGAGCAAGCGUGUGGAAUUGCCUGACAAAAUGUGGGAGUGCUCCCCAUAAUAAGCUCGUCUGGGGGCUGGUGCUGAAAGCUGUUAUGGGAGCACCGAGCGUGGUGUGCGGGAUCACCCCUGUAUUGUAGGGGCCUAGAACAUGGCCUGGGACAUUGUGGGCCAGUGCAAAAGUAUCGUCAUUGCUACUGCUGCCCAUAAACUGCUAUGUCCCGGGCCAGGACAAUUCACUAUUCAUGACUCAUUAGUAUCCUAUUUUGCCUCCACAGAAUCCCAUACCAGUAUGCAUCCCCCCCCACCCCCUUCAAUGACUGAUCCCCAUGCCACUGUGCAAACUAAUUUUGAAAUGGCCCUCAGUUUCAAAAGCAGAUUGCCACAUGCACCACUGAAGACAACAGCUUCAGCAGGAGUGGGCCAGCCAAUUAUCUUACCGGGAAAGUUCCCGAAGGGCUGCUGGUAGCCAGGAGCAACCUGAGCCAAGUGCUCGCCAUGCCCCGGAGCCUACUCAGCUCAGAGUUCAGGCUUCAGUAAUCAGCUAGAUUUGAAUCCAGUAGCAAUGACAAGAUAUUUUUUUGGUGGGGGGUGAGCUUUUGAGAGUCAAAGCUUCCUGCAUCAGAUAACUUGUCAUAAUUCUGACUCUCAAAAGGUUCUACCCAGAAACUAGGGUUGCCAGGUCCAACUCAGGAAAUACUUGGGAACUUUGGAGGUGGGAUGGAGCUAAGAGACUUUCCCAUUCCCUAAAAAUAAAUAAAUAACAAUACAACUGUGCAGUUCCCCCUAAUAGUCUUCUUUUCCUCAUCUUGUUUUUAGUGUUCGAAGGCUUCCCCAGCAGCUGCACUUCCACUAAAUGAAAGUGUAAUUUGUCAUGCCCCCGCAAGUCCCUUGCCAUGGCUUUAUUAAGGCGCGUGUAUACAUACACCCACACAAAGUCACAAAACAGCCAAAAAUAAACACAGUUUGCAAACCCACACUUUUGUGAUCCCACUGGGGCAAUUUACUCAUGAGAGUGGUUGAAUGUAGCAGUCUGCUGUAUUUCAACCAACUUCUUCAGACUCUUUACUAUCUAUUUUACUAUGCAAACAACUUCUGAAAUGAAUGCAAACCAACAGAGGAGCUGUGCUCUCUUUUUCACAGCUUCACACACUCACCGGGAAGAGCCAUGUGGCUCUGCCUGCUCGCCCCACCUCCAUCCAGCCUUCCUCCUACUGAGAUUUAAAGGCGCACACACCUUCCAAAAUACAAGCCAUUUCCAGGUACAUGGUGGCUGUUGGGGUGGGGCUUCCCCCCACUGGCCAGCAGUCUGGCGGUGGGGAGGAGCCUGCAAAACUGGGGGAUCCCCUGCUGGGACCUAGUGACGGGCAUCCCUACCUGAAACUCUGGUUAGUCUCUAAGGUGCUGCUGGACUCAAACUCCAGCUGUCCUAUUGCAGAGCAGCACAGCUACACUCUUAAACUAGGCCAAAAUGGUGAUGGCCUUUAUCAUUACGGCCCCAAUCAGCGUUCCCUCUCAGUCGUGCUCAUGAACACAGGAAACCCCACUCAGCAGCAGUCUGGAACCACGCAGUUAUAUUCUGCUCAGGACCUGAAGUGCUCUGCUCAGUGGGGGGGGGGGGGAGGGAAUUAGAGGGAACAGGGGCCCAAUCUGAUUAGAGCAGACUCUAUGGCAAUGCCAGCACCUCAAGGGCCACUCGGCUUAGCUUGCGCCAGGACUGUCUUAGCAUCCCAGCCUGCCCCUGUGCUCGAGGAGCAAAAGUCCAGGCACAUAGACUUGGUAGCCAGUUCCAAAACUGAAAAACUGGGACCCGACAAGGCAGUUUCCUUGAUGUUUUCCUUUUGGGCCCCCUUUCAGUUCCCCUCAUGGCACAAAGUGUUAAGGCUGCAGUACUGCAGUCCUAAGCUCUGCUCACGAUCUGCGUUUGAUCCCCGACGGAAGAUGGGUUUUCAGGUAGCUAGCUCGAGGUUGACUCAGUCUUCCAUCCUUCCGAGGUCGGUCAAAUGAGUACCCAGCUUGCUGGGGGGAAAGCGUCGAUGGCUGGGGAAGGCAAUGGCAAACCACCCCGUAAAAAAGUCUGCCGUGAAAACGUUGUGAAAGCAACGUCACCCCAGAGUCGGAAACGACUGGUGCUUGCACAGGGGACCUUUCCUUUUCCUUCAGUUCCAUUGUUCUAGGAUUAACCCUAUGGAAGGUGAAUAUCACCUGUCUGAAGACAGAGUCUGAUGUCUAUUUUGGUGCUACUGUGGUCUGACAAUCCCCAAACAGUAUUAAGAGGAAAGAUGAACGACGGCUGGUAUCCUUUAGUGCUGCAGAGAGCACUCAUACCGCUGACAUCUGAAGGUCAGACCUUCUAACAGUUGCCUCCUUUACAAAGCACGUAAAGACUCUCCCAAAGCUGAGGGAAAUUUCCAGAGGGACAUCACGACACAAAGAGCCGCAGGUUGAACUGAGGAACUUAGGUACCCCUGCAGAAUUUUGUGCAUUUGCUUAACCAUCCCUCUGGAUCUCAGUGAACAUCUUGUAUUUCCAAAACCGUCCACAGCUAACACACUCACAAGCACAGUGUAACGUGUUUACAUGUUCCAUCACAGCAGAGAGAUUGCAUCUUUCAAACUGCAAUGAGAAACUGUAGAAAGGCAGAUGGAUGUCAGUUAUUGGCGUGUUAUUCCAUGUAAAUGAUAUGCAAAUGCCCUGCUUCCCCUCCCCUCCCUCUCUCCUGGGAAGCCCCGCCCUUCUUCAGGACUGUGCUUCACGCAAUGUAACUGUCAGAGGAUCUAAGUUGUAGCUCAUAGAAAUUGUCGGCAGGUGACGUGGUGUCCCGUACAAAAAAACCACACACACAGUAUUAUCAUAGUGCUGUAGACGUUUGUCUUCUCUGUAUUGUCUCACAGAGUAUUUUAAACAAGCUUAUAACUCAUAACUUAACAAAGGUAUAAUUGUAGGUGAAAAUCACUGUUCAAGCUAUAAGCUAAGCGCUCGAUCCUUCAAAGGAGCCUACAACUCGUUUGCCAGCAAAUCAGCAAGUUAAAUCACUAUUUUUUUAAUUCAAAAGAUGUUUGCUUCCAGAGUCCUUGCAAUGUGGAACCAAAUGUUGUUUGUAUGUGAUGUAAAAAUGUGAGAUCCGGUUUUUCUAUUUUUCCAUUUUAAUUAAUAUAAAAGCAUUUCCCCCAC